GCCCCGCCGGGGUGCGCGGGGCCGCGCUUUGCCCCCGCUGUAGCCCCGGGCUGAGCGCGGCCGCGCCCCCGCGCUCCCUUCUUCCCUCUCGUUCUCCCGCCCCGCCGCCGCCAGCCCUGGCUGCCCGGCGCAGAAGAUGCUGCGGCUGUGCCUGCUCGCCCUGCACGCUCUCCGGCUGGCCCGGGCCGCGCCGCUCUCGCCUGGGUCCUGCGCCUUUGAGGACAGCGCCUGUGGCUACGAGUGGGACUACGCGCAUCUGCCCUGGGCGCUGCACGGCGAAGGACACUACAUUUCUGUGGACACGUCUUAUGAGGGUGAGAAGGCCGUCCUUGUCAGUCCUGACCUGUAUUUUGAAGAAUGGAGCUGCAUCAGACUGAUUUAUCAGAUAGCAACUGCUUCAGUGACUUCAUUGGAUCCUGCCAGGCUCAACCUGUACAUGAGGAAAGAAGGAGAGAGCUUUGAUAAUUUACUGUGGUCAGCCAAGGAGCCUUCAGAUAGUUGGCUUAUAGCCAGUUUAGAUUUAACAAACAGCACAAAGAAGUACAAGAUUGUAUUGGAGGCUGAAAUGGGACAAGAUAAAUCUGCCAGCAUAGCAGUUUUUGAAAUUAAAAUAACUCCUGGAUAUUGUAUUGAGUGUGACUUUGAAGAAAAUCAUCUUUGUGGCUUUGUGAACCGCUGGAACCCCAACGUGAAUUGGUUUGUUGGAGGAGGAAACAUUCGCAAUUCCCAGUCUAUCCUUCCCAAAGACCACACACUUAACAAUGAAUUGGGUCACUACAUGUAUGUAGACUCCAUUUACGUCAAACAUUUUCAGGAGGUGGCUCAGCUGAUUUCACCGAAGAGUACGGCUCCAAUGUCUGGCUGCUUAUCCUUUUAUUACCAACUUAAGCAGGAGAGCAGCAUUGUUUUUACUCUUUACUUGAGAGAUAUGAGUGGCUCUUAUGAAGAGAUCUGGAAAACAGACAGUGCCUCGACUGGAGACUGGGCAUUAGCUGAAGUUGACUUUAGUGCACCGUACCCGAUGGAGGUAGUAUUUGAAGUUGCUUUCAAUAGUGCCAAGGGAGGUUAUGUUGCCCUCGAUGACAUUUCUUUCUCUCCGGUUUACUGCAGCAAUCACACAGGAAUUCUCUUCAAUCCUGCUGAUGCAGGCUGCAGUUUUGAGGAAGACAUGUGUAAUUUUUACCAGGAUCACAAGGAUGUCCCAGGAUGGAGCAGAGUGAAAGUGAAGCGCAAUGUGUAUAGAGCAGGAGAUCACACUACUGGGUUUGGUUAUUACUUGCUGGCAAACACAAAGUUUACAUCACAGCCUGGGUACAUUGGACGUCUGUAUGGCCCAACCCUGCCAGGAAACUUGCAGUUUUGCCUGCGUUUUUAUUACGCUUUGUAUGGCUUUUUCAAAAUGAGCGGCACCCUUACUGUUUAUAUUUUUGAGGAGAAUCAUGUCGUUCAAGAGAAAAUCUGGUCUGUCUUGGACUCUCCAAGGGGUGUUUGGACUCAAGCUGAAAUCUCCUUCAAAAAACCAAUGCCUUGCAAGGUUGUCUUUGUGAGUUGGUGUAAGAGCUUCUGGGACUGUGGACUUGUGGCACUGGAUGAUAUAUCAUUGAGCCUGGGAAGCUGCCAGGCUGCUGAUCUCUUGCCACCCUCUCCUGGUGAGUGUACUUUUGAAAAGGAUGAGUGUGUGUUUACCCAGAAGAAGAAAGGUCGUGGGAGCUGGCAAAGGAGUCGGGGUCCGACUCCCACCUCUUACACUGGACCAAAGGGGGACCACACUACCGGGGUAGGAUACUACAUGUAUAUAGAGGCAUCCAACAUGGUCUAUGGACAGAGAGCAUACCUAGUUUCAAGAUCACUGAGAGGGACCUCUGGAAAACAAUGCUUGACAUUUUUCUAUCACAUGUAUGGAGCCGGGACUGGAUUAUUAAGUGUUUAUCUAAAAAGAGAAGGUGAUGAUGAAGAGAUUCCUUUGUGGAGGAGGACGGGGGAACAAAGCAUCUCGUGGCUAAGGGCAGUGAUAGAAUAUGAAAGUGUUAGAAACUACCAGAUUAUUUUUGAAGCAAUCCGUGGGGUGUCGAUGAGAAGUGACACAGCUAUUGAUGAUGUUCUGUUCCAAGCAGGACCCUGUUUAGAAGUGGAAGAAAUUCAGUUCUCAUCAGGCUAUCCAGACAGCUUAAAUGAAAUUGAGUAUUAAAUACAGUCUGCUGAAAGGAGUGGGAUGCAUAGGAAGCUUUUAUGUGAGAAACUGCACAACGGCCUGUUUUAAAAUGUGCUUUAAGUGAAGACUGGACUCAUUCGGAUACUCACCCAAGUGUAGGAGAAACUCAGAGCACUCGCGUUCCUCGCCUUCGCAAUGAAAUUAUCGACUCAGGGCUUCUUAGACUGUUUUAUAAUGUUUAUUUUUUUUUUCUCUUUUGCAUGAGGUUAUCAAUUAUAUAUCAAGGCUUCCCGUUUUGCACAGAUCAUUCAACACAGUAUUUUAGUGCUUUUUUUGUGUGUGUGUGUGUGCGUGCGUGUGUAUGUGUAAAUCUUUCUGGUAUAUAGGAAAAAAGGGGAAAGCAAAGGUGCACAAUUAAAAUCUAAUAUUGUGUUAUCUUAAAUCUGCAUUCAGUGAAUGUUUUGUGUUGGGUACAGAAUGGCUUUAUGUUAAGGAAAGAAUAAAUACUUAAAGAGAAUAAAGAAAAUACUAUUAGAUACUACUAAUAUCCUACAGGCUAAGUGCAAUUAUUCAUAAGACAAUUCUCUCUGGGAAACUCUUAACACUUUGCUGGUAAUUUUUGUGUUUUUGUAUUCUUUUAUUGUAAGAAAUAUAUUUGUCAUCUUUAGCAAUAAGAAGCUCACUUCUCGUGUUUCAGUAUAAAUCAGCGUAACCUACUGCCAAAUAAAACAGUUCGUACACUCACAAAGAAUGUACUCACACUUUACCCAACCACAGUGCCUUGCAAUUGUAUUAAGUAGAUAUCAAAUUCACUCAAGUUGUUAAUUUUGAGGACUUUUUAAAUAUUUGUGUUCGAAGUUUGUUUUGAAAAUAUUAAAACUUCCUAAUAAAAUAUAACUUUGAAAAUUG